AUGUGGGUACGAGCCCGGAAUACUUUUAAAAUGAUCGAUGAUUAUAUAAAGAGUUGUUACAAUGAACAGAACAGUAGUACUUCCCUAGAGCAAUUGAUGGCUAUACUAAACAAAACUCGAUCAUCACUCAUCAAUAUAUUUCGGAAUUCGAGUAAAAAUUCAUCGCAUCGUUUGGUGCUGAACAAGAAUGGUGAAGUAGUGGAAUUAGACAGUGGAGAAGUAGUGAAAAUAGAUGACGGACUGCGGAAUGAAGCAAUAAUCAUAUCAGAUUUAUUUAACUGUGAUGAAUUUGAUGCUCUUGAACUAGUAAUAACUGGUGAAGUGCAAAUACGACAUUUUCCAUUCUUAACGAGGGGUCUUUGUGCUGUUGUUUGCUACUAUGAUGCACAUCGCUUUAUCAGUGCAGCUGUGAAAGCUCUAGCAGAAUUCAGAGUUGAUGAAAAAGUAUCGAAGCCACGAGAACUUUUCGAGUAUCUCAAUCAGUUACUUAGUGAUAUUGCAUUUAUUAGACGUCUUAUAGAAGUUUUGCAAACCGUAAAUGUUCAAUCUGAAUUGCAAAGUUUGCAUCACCCACAUGUAAAUGGACUGGGCGGCCCCAAACAUCAAGAAAUUUUACGGGAAUUAAUUGAAGAGAUGUUAGAAAACUGUGCACAAACAUUCCAUUUGAUAUGCUCGUCAUGGCAAUUGGAAUCAACACCACCGUUCUUAAAUGAUUUAUUUGUACCACUGAAAGAAUUGCAGCCGAAUACGCCAUUUAGAAAUAAUCAUUUAUCACUCUGGACUGCAGCUCUAAUACUGAUAUCUCCACACAAUCUUCAAAAUAUGCGAUGUGCUCGAGAUUUAUUGAUGGGAUUCCACAAGGAAGUGGUUUUGGAGGAUUGGCAAGAUUCUUGUCUGCAGGCUUCGCUACAAUUUGCAGUCGUGGUUUCAUACAACUGGCUUAGUGUUCAUCAGCUUGUUCAAGAAGUUCUGGGUGGUUUUGCUAUCAAAGAGGAUGAUUUGCUUGAAAAAGCAGUCGAUGGAUUAGCUUUCCAGUUCAUUCGAAAAUGCGUUAUUGCAAUGCCGAAAUUCAGAGAAAAUUUCAUAGCUUUUGCUACAGUUGAUACACUGAUCAAAAACUUUAUUGCUCAUCUGAGUAAUCAGGUUGUUAUGUUGCAACAUUCCGGUGAAAUAGAAUUACAGCACGUCGAGGAAAUGUUGGAGAGUGGUCAACUUUACAGACCUCGGCUUCAUUUUGAAAAUUUUAUUCGUUGUAUUGCUGAUUUGUAUGAUGGUGAUUCAAAAUAUUUAGAGCAGUUAUCUGCACAGUUUUGCUCUAGUGAGAGCGAGGAAUUGGUGAAAUUUUUAAGAAACUGCCGGCAGCUUAUUUCACCGGUACUGCAAGUCGCUUUUCUCGAUAUGCUAAAAAACAUCUGCAAAUGUCGGGAAUCGGCAUACUUCAUAUUUGGGUUGCUUUCUCCAUGUCAUGCAAAAUUUGCUCAAAGUACAUUGUCUUGGGAUCAUUUCUGGAAAGCAAUGCAUAAUUAUCUUGGACUUUUCAAACGGAAAAGGGGUCAGACAUCAGGUGUAAUACAUGCAGCACCCCCAGGACAGCACGAUACUUCCCAGCAGAUUCCACAGUCUGAGUUAGCUGGCCUUGUGGCAUGGGUCCAACUUGUGGAAAUCGUUACUAAAAACGAUCAGACUGCGCGUCGUCAUUUCGCAGAUAACGGUUCAUGGUCAUGCAUAGAAAUAUCAAUAAGCUUGGUAGCUUCUGCAAUUCCUCUUGUUUUGAAAGGAGCACUGUUUCGUUUUUUAGCUUCAAUUGCAAUUGAUGAACAUGGUGCUUUGAAAAUUUGGGCAACAUUGAUAUCACUCUCUGUUUUGAGUAAAACAAGUUCUGGGAAACUUAUUGGUAUACAGGAUGAAUUAGAAACACGGGAAUGUGCCUUCAAGUGUUACGAUUCAUCUAUUGGUUUCUUGCAUCUUAUGAAAACUUUGUUUUUACAUUCAAAAAAUGUUGAUAAACGACAUUUGCUGCAAUAUCUUCAGUUUAUCGUUAAAUCCAUUAUUUGUCAGUUUGCUGAUCGUUCAUAUGAAAACGUUGCACAAAUGUGGCAUUUAUGCUCUGCAGCAUGCGACUCUCUAUACAAUUUUCUUCAUCGUUACGCAAUUACAGCGGAAGCAAUUCUAAAUGCGGACCCGCAAAUUGUUGUCCUUACCCAAAUUUUAAACGAUUCUCCUGCAUUUCGAUCGUUAGGUGCAGUAUUGUGUGAUGGAGCGGAACGUCUGCAAGAUUUUUCUCCUCGUUCAAUGGACCGUGAAGCAGCUGUAUUAUCAGUACUGCGUUUGCUAGAUAUCAGCGUAUCGUUACAUGCACCUUUAAUAAAUGCAGUUCGUGCCACUAAUUCCAGUAUAAUAAUUGCAUCAUUGGAUUCACUUUUUUUGUCAUUAGUGCAAGGUAAUGCGACAGCAACAUACAUUACAGUUAUCGUUUCAUACUUGGCACAGUCCGAGGUUAUCCCAAGACAUGUAUAUCACAUAGUAUCAAUAUUGCGAGAACUUUGCUGUUGUCAACCUUCGAUACAAAGUCGUCUUGUGCAAGCUCUUUCGCCACUUUCUUUAGAAUUAAUUGAAAGUUUUGCGCGAUUGACUUCUGUGAAAAUGGCGGUGAUUGAGGCUUCAGCUCUUGAUUCGCCUGUUUACCAUGGAAUUGAUGAAUUGUCACUGGCGAGAAUACGUGGUGAAACAGCACGUUUAUUCAUUGAAAUGUGCUCAUCGAGUAUUGAGAAUGAUCCAGGCACUGUCAAUUUAGUUUAUCUUUUCUGUGGUCUCAAAAUGCCUGAUUUGGUAAACUCUAUUAUUGAAUCUCCAGGCAAGUCGUGA